CCGUCAAGUGAUGAAGCGGUGAGACUGGAUAUAAAGUCCAACACCAUCCUCUCCAAUCUAUUGAUACGAGCCGUGCUGUCAAAGACGUCAAUCAACAGCUCCCUGCUUGCUGUCGAACGUUGGCGGAACCAGAGAUUGACAAAUCAGUGACAGCCAGCAGAGGGACUUCCGGUCCACGUCACGCGGUGAUGACUCAGAUGGCAGUGAUGGUGUUUCUCCUAAUUUUCUUUUACAACCUGAUAGCAGUCAAGUCUUUUACAUACUCCAACAAUACUGCUCCACCAAAACCCCCCUACAACGUGACUGUGCUUCAGUGCUAUGCCAAGGAUGUCAUUCUGGAGUGGCAGUUUGACGAGAAACAGGCAAACCUAACCCCCAAACUAAGUUUCAUUGUAGAAUACAAUACAUCGUUCGACCCUAACGAAUGGGUCUUUGCUGCAAGGCUGCCCGAUGAUGCUCGCCAGGCAAAGAUAAAUGUUUCGUUGUGGGUUACAUACAAUUUUCGUGUAAAAGCCAUCAAUGAGAAGGGUGUUGGGAAGGCAAGUGCAAUUAGCAACACAGAAUGCAAGACACCCCAAGGGCGUCCAGAUCGACAUCCACGUAACGUUAGGACUGUAGGCGACAAGACCAACUAUUUAGUUGUGGAAUGGGAGGCCAUGCCUCUGAUUGAUCACAAUGGACCUGGUUUCGUCUAUAAUAUCACUGUGCGGGAGAAGGACGGGGGGCUCACCAUGAACACCUUGGAGACAAACUAUACCGUGGGAAGGAAGGAGAUUUUGGUCAACAACAUAUAUCAGCCUUAUAUGAUAACAGUUGGUGCUGAGAACAAGGUCGCCAGGCCAAUUGAGAAAGCCCAGGCAAUCCUGGGGUAUUCCGGCGAGGGAGCACCAACUGUUAUUCCUGCGAACUUCGAGUUGGACCCGGACGAGAAGGUGACGGCAACAAGUGCAGCAUUCCGCUGGGACCCGGUUGAUACCAGCCCAGGGGCGAUGCAGGGAGAGUUCAAGGGUUACAAGGUUCGAUACUGGAGGAGAGACGAGAAGGACGAUAUGGUCAGCAUGCACGAGAAGUUUAUCCCUGCCACGUCAGAUGCCGACGUCACAAGGAAAGGGAGACAAUCGGACAAGAUCAGGGCUUGGGUGCACUAUUUGCCUUCAUUCUCUGAGAUCGAGGCUGAUGUCGUGGCUGUGAACAACUACUUCACUUCUGAAGGCAGCAACAUUGUCAGCCUCUCGACACUGGAUGAGGAAAACGAGGACACCAUUCCCGGACAUGCCUUACUCCGAGAUGCGGAAACAGAUAACCGCGAUUUGUGGGAAUUUGAAUAUUCAAAUACUGACGUAGACAGCACUCCGUUAUAUACCAAGAACAACACUCGGAUACAGCUGACGUGUGCAGGUACUUUCCCAAACCCUGUUGGCAACGUCAAGGAGGAAUGGAGGAUGCUGGACAACAGAUUCAUAAUACCGCCAUCACAUCCACGACUUGUCACCAGCCUCACCAUUUCACCGGCACAUCAUUACACCGGCACUCUCACCAUUCAUAACGUAAUUGUUAGAGAUUCAGGAAACUUUACGUUUAGUCUCCUGGACGAGUCAGGCCAGGAAGUUGGCUGCAGUGGACGAGUGCAAGUAUUUGCCGCCCCGACCGUGAAGCUUCUAUCCCAGAAGAACGUCUUCAUACAGCCUCGGGAAAUUGCCUCCCUAUACUGUAGAGUGACGCAGCCAUUCCCCGACGACACCGUCAUCAAGUGGUUCAGUAACGGCGUGGAGGUUGAUGGAGAAUCAACAAGUAAGCUCUUGGUAUAUUGCAGUCAAGGCUUCAACGCAACGUACUCAUGUUUAGGCGAAAAUAGAUUUGGCAAAGGCAGGAAAAGUGACGAAACAGCGGUGUACAUCAUACAAGCUGAGGUGAAGCGAUGUGACGAUGACAACUCGUGGUUAAAAACACCUAUUAACAUCACAGCGGAAAGACCAUGCCCUGAGGAAGAGCUGGGCGUGAUGACACGAACGUGCGGUGAUGAAAGACAAUGGCUGGAAGAAGACAGGAGUCAGUGUGUCAGUAGAGGUAUACAAGACCUCAACGAUGAGAUGGAACGGAUGAAGGAUGGCCUGCUACUAAAAAAUAUCUCAGUCACAACUCUCUUAAGACACACGAAUUCCGGCAGACUUGGGAGCAAAGAGAUUGCUGUUUUGACUCGAUUAAUGGAGCAAUGGUUGAAAACAUUCGGGGACAGACACAUCGCAGCGGACAAGAAUGAGACUGAAGACUCCGAAAGGGCAUAUAUUGAGUCCAUCAGUAACUUACUGGAUUCCAAAACAGCAGAGCUAUGGAAGACUUUAGAGAACCAAACGCUUCCAACUAAGAUGCUUGACUUCGCGGACAGCAUGACUGAUAUAUAUUCGGAAAGCCUGGAUGAAGGAGAAUUGAAGACAUUAACGUUUUCUAACAUUGUUCUCCAGGUUGGUAAAACAAACCCCAUGGACGUAAAGGACAUCGUGUUUUCUGAGGAUCUGGUUGAUGUUUCUCAGGAAAUUUACGGCGCACUGAAGCUAGACAGUAAAACAGUGGUCAACCUGGCAGGAAAUGAUUCCAUAAGGUUUAGUGUGAUCUACUACAAGAACAUCUCAUCUCUACUCCCCGAGGAAUAUGAUUUGAAGAGCAGUCCUAAACAGGUUGAAGUGAGCAAGGACAUUCUGGCUUUCAACAUAUUUCCUGCGCCAUCAGGGCAACUGGACCCGCCACUCAAGCUGACCUUUUACGAUUCGAAUAAAUCACCACAACUUGGAGAUCCACUUUGUGUACAUCUCAACAUUUCAGAAAACAAAUGGGAAUCCAGAGGAUGUUACACCAGGAACCAAGGAGAAAAUUACACGGAGUGUUUCUGUAGUCACCUGACUAACUAUGCGUUACUGAUGCGUGCGAAGGCGGAUGACUUGAAACAACCACCGCUGUCAUUGUCAGUAAUCUCCUUGGUAGGAUGCAGUAUUUCUGUGUUGGCAAUGGUUCUAACAGUGGUUAUACACAUCUGCCUGUGGAGAUACGUAAAAUCGGACCAAGCUACGAUCUUGAUGCACAUUUGUAUAUGCCUUACUAUUGCUAUGAUCCUGUUUACGGCUGGAGUGGAACAGACAAAAUAUGAAUAUGUCUGUACGUCCAUUGCUGUGGCCCUCCACUUCUUCUACCUGGCGAGUUUCUUCAUGAUGCUGGCUUCUGCUCUUGAGACAUUGUGGACUAUUGUUGUUGUAUUCACGACUGGAUCCAAUCUCAAAGUUCUCUUAAUCGGAGCCUGGGUUUUCCCCGUGAUAAUAGUGGCCAUUACGACGGUCGUUUCGGAAUCGCGAGGACACACAAGACAGUAUUGCUGGUUGCCACUGGAGGAUAAUAUGAGAUGGGCCUUCAUUGGACCGGUCGUUGUCAUAGUUGCUGUUAAUUUUAUAGUCAUUGGCAAAUUAAUAUACAUACUUCUGUCGACCAAGGCAGCCCAAACAGAAGACACAAGAACUAAAAUCAAGAUAGCACUCCGUGGGAUUUGUAUGCUUACACCCGUACUUGGCGUCACGUGGGUAUUAGGUCUUCUGGUAGGGAAGGACGACAAUUAUGUGUUUGAUCAUAUAUUUUCUGCAGUCAACUCUAUUCAAGGAUUGUUCAUAUUCAUAACACAGUGUGUGCUUAACAGAAAGAUAUAUUCGGGACUUACCAACCACUGGCGUCGUUUCCGGUUGGGAAGGUGGAAGCUGACUAUUAAAAGACGUAAACAGAGCGUCAUGCGGGUUCAAAUUAAACUUGAGAGAAUGAAUGCACCAGCUAGGGAGGAAAAGCGAUCAGAUGACAACGGUAAUGACAGCAGUCAAGAUCUCAGUGGGGAUAUAGAAGACGUCAACGAUGAUUGGACUGGGAAUGGACAGCAAACCAGCACAAGUGUGGUUGAAACUUUGUCUUCGAAGGACGAACCUAGUGAACGUCAGAUGAAGGGGAGUGCUCGGGUGGUCAUGUGUUCGGAUCAGCUGUCGGUCAUUUCGAAGGGAAGCUACAGGGAUGACACAAAGGCGACAAAUGAGUUUAUAGAGAUAUCUCGGCCUACCAGUAACUUACAAAUUUCACAGACUGUACAGAAACAGAAGAGUCUGUCUAGUCUUCGUGCUUCGCAGAUCUUAUCUCCUCGUGUCAGAGGGAAGGAGAGUGGUGAUCAAAAUCGUACGGCAGAAAAGUCGGAGAGCACGGAGGCAACGGAGCUUGAAAAACUGGAGGCCCUGGACGUUGCGAGCACAGAGAAACCAAGUCCACUUUACCAGCAAACAAAAAGCCAGGCGACCUAGUUUCCAGUGGUUGGAAACUGAAACUGAAAAAAACACGCAUUUAACUUAUAUAAACUAGGAAAAUAAGACACCCUUUCAUGCCAUCAACCUUGGUAUAUUUUCAGCCAACGAAUCAAUUUCAUUCUGAACCUUUCUUUAGAGUGCGCAUUUCUGAAAUGUGAUUGCAAGCAUUCAAAUUCAUAGACGUGAAAUGAAUGUGGACACAUAUAUGUAGGACCCCACUGAUAUGUGAGAUGUUUUUGCAAUUUAUUUAUCAUUAUGAAACUAAUUUGGUAAGUUAAUUUGUAAUUACACAUAUUGCUGUCAUACAGUUUCGAUAUCUGAAGAACAUGCUAACCCUUCUUGGAACUGAUCAGGUCCAUUGUGCGAUUCAGAAAGUUAUUUUGAUGAAAUCAACUUCCAAACAGCCACCGUGGAUGUGGUAGUGCAACCUCAUUGUCUGUCACUGCCAUGCAUGUUUGCUGUGCAGAUUGUGAACGAACUGAAUAUUGAGAACUGGGUCGUAUGUAAUCAGGCAUCACAUUGUAUAACGUUCAUAAUAAUAUCAUUUUGACCUGAAUUUGACCAUUUUGUCGGUGAUGUUCUUUCAUGUUGCAGCACUCAAUCCAUGUUCGUGGUUAAUUUACCUCCUAAAACUUGCUCAAUGGUUUAAUGUAUUAGUGUAUAUUGAUGUAUUUGUAAGAAGUGUCUACAGUUGUGGCUUAUCUUGACUGAGGCCAACUGUAACAGUGUUAAACAUGGACACACUCACGUUGCCUUAUAAUGAUCAAGUAUUACAUUUUAUUACUGUUUGUUUGCUUGGCAAAUAUGAAAUACUUAUCUGCAAGAGAUUUGCUGUUAAUUGUGCACAAGACUGGGAAUAUUAAAACCUUUAGGUAAUAAUUUUCACAUCCAGAAGGACACUGCUUUAAUUGGGUUCACACUUUGUAAUUGCAUUGCGUCAUGUUAUUAUGGUUAUUAUACAUCACUAUGAUGAAUUUGUCUUGAUCUCUCAUGAUCAUCAAAUAAAAGCAACACAUUGUUUUUGAUAAGCACAACAAUUCCAUUGUACGUUUCAGAUGCUAUAAAAAGCUUAUGUUUAGGACACAUAAAACAGUGAUGAUACCAGAUGUUCACGAGGAGGUGGCAUCCGUCACAAAACACAUAAAAAGGCAAGACAAAUGUUCACACAACGCAAGCAACUCAUUUCCUACUGUUUGGCUAAACAUAUAAAUACUCCAACGUACUGAAUAUAUAUCCACCGCUGACGUGGUUGUAAGGUCUGAGUGAAACUACACAAUUUACUACGUUGCAAAUUUACAAAUACAUAUACGUAAUUGUAUGUAAGUUUAGACAUUUGCAAAUAUGUUUGCUUGGUGCUUGUAAAUAUGUAGCUUUGAGACUGACCAUUUGAUAUUCGGGUGGAGGGUGGGGUGGGAUUUUAUCGAAAACAUCAUAUUGUCCCCGACAAUUAUUGACAAAAAUAUUAAGAUGAUUAUUCUCCGGACUGUUGAAAAAAAGAAAUUGUCUGCCACAAUUGCAUUGUUGCAAGGUGUCUUUUUAAAAAGCCAUCAGGCUCAUACUUGUAAAUAUUUUUUUUUAUCUGGUUUCGUAGCUGUUGCUGAAAAAGUAUCUCAUCUCGAUUCAAAAUCCUAGGCUCCCCUCCGAAUUUAACAUGCUUGGUCAAUUGUUUAUGCAUGUAAAUAUUCCUACGAUUCAUACAAAUAUUAAAGUAAUACUUUACAUUACUUCCAAUGCACUUCAGCUGCACAUUUGGUUCCAAUUACGUUGCCAUAAUAAGUGAACAUACAUUGGUCCAGAAAGGCCGCUCUAUGUAUAUUGUCUGCAUGUUUCGGCAGUGUUUUCAUUGUUUAACAUUUGUCAACUUUAUGCUUUGUUGUGGAGAAAUUGUCUUAAACAAGUUGUAUCAUUGAAUAUAAAAACUAGCUUAAAAAUGUUGAAUGAUUUCACUGUCAAUAUUUGUAAUGUCUAAUAUUGAACUGUAUGUAUUAUAUAACACAACUGGGUUCUAGAGUACGAGAGUUGUCACUUUCAAAGGUUUUCAAGUACGUUUAUGCUUGGAUGUAGUUUCACUGUAAUUUAUUUAUCCCGAAAAGAAUAAAUCACUUGAUUUCA